AUGAGGAUUUUCCUGAUUUGGACCCUUUUCCCAGGUGUCUGGGCAGUGAUGUGCCCCAAGAAGGUGACAGUUGACCAAGGCAGCUCAUUGGCAGUGUCCUGCAACUACAACCUGGGCUAUGAGCUCUACACCAAGUACUGGUGCCGCCAGAGGUUCCUCUGGUUUUGCUUCACCAACAUCAUUCAAACCAAUGGCUCGGAGGUGAUGGUGACACAGGGCAGGGUGUCCAUGAGGGACAACCACACGGCACACUCGUUCACAGUGAUGCUGAGUGGUGCCGUGCCAGGGGAUGCAGGUCGGUACUCCUGUGGGGUGAAGAGGAUAUUGUGGUUCAAUGCGUGGUACACCACAAAGGUGACAGUCUCUGCAG